AUGCCCUGCACGAUGCUGAAGGGGUUGUUGAGCCAGUCGGCCACGCACGGCAUGGCGGGGGCAGAGGGCAGGCAGGGGGCUGCGGCGCCCUGCAGCCGCCAACUCCCGCUCGCAAGCCUCGCACGGGGGCUCCUCGCUUCCGCCCUCCUCCUCCUCCUCCUCUUCCUGCGGCAAUGGCGGCGCCGCAAGGCCGGGCCCGCCUUCUCCUCCUCCUCACCCGUAGGCAGAGAGGCCGUCAGGGCGCGUAGCCGCCAUCUUAGGAGCGGGCAAAGCGCUGAGGGCGGAAAGGGCCGGGCAGCUGGAGGAAGGGACGUGGCCGGAGGUGCAGCCAUGGCGGCGGCGAAGCCUGGAGCUACCGGCGGCGGCACCAACUUGCUCUUCUCUUCCUCGGCUACCGAGUUCAACUUCACCGUGCCCUUCAUCCCGGUCAGCCAGGCUCCGGCUGUGCCGCCGGGCCCCGCUCUGCUGGCAGCCGAUGAUUCUGCAGACGUUGGUGAAGAGGACAGCUUCUUGGGUCAGACUUCUGCUAGCCCCAAUCCACCACAGACUUUCAACUAUUUCUCGCAAGUCCCUAGUAGCAGUGACCCAUUUGGAAGUAUUGGGCAGCCUCCCUUAACAACUGUUGCACCACCUGUUGGAGCACCAGCCUUCUCUCAGCCUCCAACUUCACUUCCACUUGUCUCUGGGUCACAGGAUGGGCAAAAUGUCUUUUCACCGCAUAUUCCCAAGUCACAGUCCUCUUAUGGUGCACCACCUACUUCACAGGGUGGAAUUGCAGCUUAUCAGACUCCUCAGCAGAGCUGUCCCCCGCCUGCAAAUGCGUCUACUCUUCCCCAAGGAACAUCUCAGCAGGGGUAUAACCCUUAUCGGCACACCACCCUGAGCAGCAGAGCUAACCCAUACCUUACUCCACCGCAGCUGCAGCAGAGCCAGGCACCUGCUCACCCACCAUCCUCUGUGCCACCUGUCCAGAUGUAUCAGACACCUCCAGGGUCAUUAACACAGUUUCCACAGUCUCAGUCACAGCUGCGAGCUCCCAGACCUGCAGGUCCACUGGUCCCAGCACCUCCUGUUUUGCUGCAGAACCAAUAUGAGCCGGUUCAGCCACACUGGUUCUACUGUAAGGAGGUGGAGGACAAGCAAAUAUGGAUGCCAUUCAGCAUUCUGGAUUCUGCAAAACUAGAGGAAGUCUAUAAUUCUGUCCAGCCUGAUCCUGAGAGUGUGGUUCUGAGCACUGACGGGGGACGCUAUGACGUGUACCUGUAUGACAGAAUAAGGAAAGCUGUUUACUGGGAAGAAGAGCCUUCUGAAGUGAGACGAUGCAUGUGGUUUUAUAAGGGAGACAAGGAUAGCCGGUUUAUUCCUUACACUGAGGAUUUUAGUGAUAAGCUAGAGGCAGAAUAUAAAAGAGCUGUAACUACAAAUCAAUGGCAUCGGAGACUUGAAUUCCCAAAUGGGGAGACAAUUGUUAUGCAUAAUCCUAAGGUCAUAGUUCAGUUCCAACCUUCUGCCACACCAGAUGAAUGGGGCACUACUCAAGAUGGUCAGGCAAGACCAAGGGUAGUAAAACGGGGAAUUGAUGAUGACCACGAUGAAAUUCCUGAUGGAGAAAUGUCCCAAAUUGACCAUCUAGUAUUUAUGGUUCAUGGCAUAGGUCCUGUAUGUGACUUGAGAUUUAGAAGCAUUGUUGAAUGCGUUGAUGAUUUUAGGACUGUUUCUCUGAAGUUGUUGCAGACUCACUUUAAGAAAUCUUUGGAGGAACGUAAAGUGAGCAGGGUGGAAUUCCUCCCAGUUCACUGGCAUAGCUCUCUGCAUGGAGAUGCAACAGGUGUAGACAGGAACAUAAAAAAAAUCACUUUGCCGAGCAUUGGACGCCUGCGCCACUUCACCAAUGAAACACUCCUUGACAUACUGUUUUACAACAGCCCCACCUACUGUCAGACGAUUGUGGAUAAAGUGGGGAUGGAAAUGAAUCGUUUGUACGCACUUUUCAUGAGUCGCAACCCAGACUUCAAAGGAGGAGUCUCCGUGGCUGGGCACAGUUUAGGUUCCUUAAUUCUAUUUGACAUAUUGUCUAACCAGAAGGACUUGGCUUCAUCAGUAAGUAGUGGACCGUUCUCUGGUGUUAAUGGAACUGUGAAGGAUGUGGCUGUUCAUGAUAAACAGACGACUGAAGAUACCAGUUCCUUGGGCUCCUCAAUUACUACUUCUGGUGAUGACCUUUGUGAGCCUGAAGUAGAGGAUGAUGUUCCUACUUUGCAGAAGACUCUGGAAAUGCUUAGUUUGUCAGAGUACACAAGCACGUUUGAAAAGGAGCGAAUUGACAUGGAGUCUCUGCUGAUGUGUACAGUUGAUGACCUGAAGGAAAUGGGCAUACCUCUUGGACCAAGAAAGAAAAUAGCUAAUUUUGUAAAAGACAGAGCAGCCAAACAGGAACAAAAGAAAGCAGUAGCAGAGAAGAAAGCGGUGCUGGCUGCCACGCUCCAAACUCAAGAAGAUGUCCAGAAAGCAAAAGAGACAGGUACUUCUGUCUCCUCUUCAGAGUCUGGUCAGCUGCACUCAAAGAGGAGGCUUCCAGUUGGUGCAUCUGUUUCUUCCGUGAACAUUGACUAUGAGUAUUUUGAAGUUGGAACUGGACAGGUUUCUGUGGUUUACAGUGCUUUGGACUUUGAACCAGAUAUUUUCUUUGCUCUCGGUUCUCCUAUUGGUGUGUUCCUUACUGUGAGAGGUGUGGUGAAGAUUGAUGAAAACUACAGGCUUCCUACCUGCAAGGGAUUCUUCAAUAUCUAUCAUCCACUUGAUCCAGUAGCUUACAGGUUAGAACCAAUGAUCGUUGAAGACACGGAUUUAAAACCAGUUCUCAUUCCACAUCAUAAAGGCAGAAAAAGACUUCAUCUGGAGUUGAAAGACUCUCUUUCUCGUAUGGGAUCUGAUCUGAAGCAGGGUUUUAUUAGCUCUUUGAAGAGUGCAUGGCAGACCCUUAAUGAAUUUGCACGUGCUCAUACAUCUUCAACUCAGCUACAAGCGGAACUGGAGAAAGUAGCUAACCAAAUUAAAGAGGAAGAAGAAAAGCAAGUCGUAGAAGCUGAAAAGAUCACUGAAAGUCCAGACCCUCCAAAAGAUGAAGAUUUUUUAGUGAAGGUUGGAAUGCUAAAUGGAGGACGUCGUAUUGAUUAUGUUCUACAAGAAAAACCAAUAGAAAGCUUCAAUGAAUACCUUUUUGCUUUACAGAGUCAUUUGUGUUACUGGGGAUCCGAAGACACUGCCUUGCUGUUUCUCAAAGAAAUAUACAGGACUAUGAAUAUCAAUCCUGAACAGCCGCAACAUUGAUGUAUAGGUACAUGAAUUUCUGAUGGACUGUGAUACUGCUGGGAGGGAACAGCAGCGCCAAGGAACAGUAAAAUUUUAUGGGUGUGUGAGAAGUGUUGUUGCCUGGGUGAUCCUGGCUGGCAAGGAGCUUCCUUUGCAAUGGAAGGAUGCACAGGAGGAUAUUGCAGGUGAAUGAGGACCAUCUGGAGCAGAGAAAUUGUUCUGGGAAUACAGCAUUAAAAUCAGUUCUAGUUAUAUAAAUAAAAAUUCAAUUGCAACUACAGUAACUAGCACUUCUUAUAUCUUAAAAGCAAAUGGAAGAUCGGACAUUAGCGAAGGAAAAAUGACAGCGUAGCCAAUGAUUAUAUAAAACAAAGAAAAACUGUAAAACAAAUGGAGUUUAAAGAGUGAAUUUCUAUCUGCUACAGAUGUAUCUAUUACUUCCUCAGCACAAAUCUUCCUAGCAUACUGCAACAACUUAAUGGGCAGACCAUACGCAGCACAGCCGCUGAUAUAUGCUGCUAUAGGUUUGUUGUUUUUUUAUUUAUUUUGACUUUUCUAAAUAGGAGUAGUAGGCAUUAUAAUCCAUAAUUAAAUAGAUAAUGCUAAUUAAACUUUAAAUUUUUGCAUACGGAUUACCUAAUUAAAGUUUUCCCUGCCAUAUUUUCAUCUGUGCUGAAGUGAUCAUAAAUAUUUUUUAAAAAAAAAUUAAAAUUGUCCAGAAGAUUUCUUUUUUUAAUCAAAAUAUCUAUGUAGCAGGGUAUGAUAGCACAGGGAAAGGAGGUAAAAUUAGUUCACCUACCCCAAAGUGUUGAGAAUUGCAACCAUCCCACUGCCACUCUCAUUCUGCCUUGGUCUUUCUUGUCAUCUGCCCACAUCCCAAAAAAAAAAAAGUGUACUGCUUCAGACUUGCAUCCUGGCCCUGGGGCCUCUGCAGGAGAAAAGAGGAUGGGUAAAUAUUGGCUGUGUCUGCAGCCCUGACCACAUAUCUACAGUCAUGAGCUGUGCUAGGAGGCUUGUGGAGGUGUUCAGAAAUACUGGAAGCAGCAUGAUGUGAGGUACAAAGUGAUACUAGCACCAUCUGCCUAACCCGAGAGAGAGCUCGUACUAUACAAGCUUAAAACAUCCUUCAGACAGAUCAUCAUGUCGUAGUUCAUGCUAAAACAAAAGACUGCAAGUCACUCAUAGUGGAAGGGUGAAAAUGUGUGACUAACUCUUGCUGACAGAAGCUGCCCUGUAGAGUGCAAAGUAGAAGACUCAUCUCACCCUGUGUAGCCCUGUGACUUUCUAAAGAUGUUUUAGAAUCAUACAAUAGUUUGGUUUGGAAGGGACCUUUAAAGGUCACCUAGUCCAACCACAAUUUCAACUAGAUCAGGUUGCUCAGAGCACCCCAUCCAACCUGACCUGGAAUGUUUCCAGGGAUGGGGCAUCGACCAUGUCUCUGGGCAACCUGGGCCAGGGUUUCACCAUCCUCGGCAUAAAAAAUGUCUUCCUUAUAUCUAGUCUAAAUCUACCCUUUCUCUCCCUUCCUACUCAUGAAAACCUACAGUGUUAUUUAGGGAGAGAUUGUCAUGAAAGUCUUAAGCAACAGCAAGCUGCUCUAGGAAAUGCUCCAUGCUCAGAAAAUGGGCCACCUGUGCUAUGAAUGAGAUGCUCUUAACUACUGUCACCUGUGUCCUGGCCUGCCGGUGGGAGACUGGCUCCCUCCAUUCAGCAGCUGAGGUUGGCUGAGCAACCCAGAUCAAUAUUUUCCUACAAUUAACACAUUGGUGCUAAGUGUUCUCCUGAGGAUCUUCUGAACACAGUGCUCACUCCCUGUGCUGCUUUGGUGCAGCCUGACUUUCACGUUUAUAAUGGGAGACUAUCUCUGUGCCCUAAUGUGGGAGUCUGAAGACAUUCAUGAAGAUCUGAAGACUUUUGACAAGAUACGGUGCUUUGUUUAGUGAAAGCGUUGAGGAGCAAAUGCCUUCGCUCUCUGUCUGUGAAGAAACUGCUGUGCUGAAUGGCAUGCAGUGCUUCAGAUAAGCACAUAUGUAACAUUGUGUUGAUCUCAUAUCUACAGAUCUGUUAAGUUGCACAUUCUUUUGAAAAUAAGUCUAUUGAAGGAUGAAAGUGCUCUGACUGACUUUUCUUUUCCACUAGCACUUCAUCCUCGUAGCAUUACAACAGAGAACCAAAGAUUGUUGGUGAGUUCCCCAAAGCCACAGAAGUAGUAAAGGGCACAGACAGAAAAAUACAUAGUGUGCAGAAUAAAUUGGGAAAAAAAAUGCCAGAAAAGUGUAAAACUAACCAGUUUCAGCUAAAAGGUCAUACCUUUCUGGAUACUCCUUUCAUAUGCUGAUUCUGACUCCGAUACAGUCCAGUUUUGCAUUGAGGCCUCACGUGGAAAGUUAAUUUUCAGGUGGAAAUUUUUAUGAAUGAAUUCCAAGGAAAAAAUCAGAGCCUCGCUAAGAAAUCCAGCACCUUUCCUAAAGAUUCUCAUUUGAAUGAAACUGAAUCUUUCAUUGAAAACUUAUUUCUUUUGAAAAACCUUUUGACCACAGCUCCUUUCCUGCCAUUUCGGGAACCGUUGCCUCCGCUGGCACUGCCUGUUUCUGUCCUCUGGGAACACCUCCUCGCGCAUCUCUUCGUAAAAGAAGCAAAGUCAAAUAAUUUCUCCUUGUGCUAGGAGAUGUCUCGCGUAACACUGAAAAAGUUUCAGUAACUCUGUGCCUGGAGUUGUCCUGGUCUUUCCCAAUGAAUGUUACAUUAAUAUUUAUAACUUUGUGUCUGCAAUAUGACAAAUGUGUUACAAACUCUGUCUAAAAUGGUAUUUCCAUAAUAAUGUUCUCCCUGGUUCCUCCAUGUAUGUUGUUUUUUUUUUUCUUGUGAUGAAUAAUAAAAUCUAGCAUUUCAUUUUUCCUUAAAAAUGAUCAGCAGUUGGUGCCAGUGCCAGGACACUCGUUGGCGGAGGCCGAAUGUUCCAAUAUAACAGGAGUGGGCAUUGGAGAGCAGCCCUUUGCAGUGUUGCACUUCUCAGGCCGAGCUAAGUGUUCUUGGCCUUAUUUUUAAUCAUCGCUUUGAAUUAGGAUGAGUUCCCCAGUGUUGAAAUAAAAAAUCCCAUGAAUUCUUCAUGGGAAAUAUUA